CUACCGCGGGUACUUUCAGUCAGAUUCGAGACCUCGUAGCGGUCAUAUCCUUCGUUUCUAUCAAUUUCGAAUAAUCGAACAAAACGAAACUUUGUAACCGUUUUCUCGUCGAGAUUCGACAUUUCGCAUUUUGAAAGUUCGUAAACCAGUGAAAGACAGUGCGUCCACUAUUUGUGCUUCGUCUGCCGUCCAGUUUUCGAAGAUAUUUACUGCGAAAUUUAUAACUCAUCAAAACAACAUGUCUGUAACUACGUCUGUACAACCUGCUACCGAGAGUCUCUCUCGCCAUGGGAGCAACAUCUCUCUGUCCUGCUAUAGCUCAUGCGGGAGCGUUGACGAUGGCCUCCAAGGAUCUCACCCUCAAUACCAGGAUACGAUCCUUACGAUUGAGGAACUUCGUGCUCAACUGAACUCUUGCUUCACAUGCGGUGUCUCGUGGAGCGAAGAACACGUCUCUCUUGAUUGCAGCGAAUGUGGUGGUUAUUCCCUUCAGCGGCCGUGUCCACUUUGUGAUGGACGUUGCCGCACCUCGUGGAAACGCGACCUUACCAUGUCCCACGCCAGUGGUAAAGCAAGAUGGAUUGGCGAAUGUGGACUGAGCUGUGGCCCUUCCAUUGAGGAACCUUUGGUGCCCGCAUUGGAAAAAUUACGAGCCACCUCGUGAACGGUGUUCAACGACGAAUGCAUAGAAAGACGUCGUUGCGAUCUACCGUCAACCAUGCACAAGACUUAAUCCAUCACCAUCCAUAUAGCGUCACCCCACCACCAUGUGCGAGUCGGAAACGUGUGAAUGUGGAUAUCUGGAUGCAUAAAUGAUAUAUUAUGUUCCUGUGGAGCAAGACCGGACAAGUACGGAUAUCCGACAGUGAAAAAAAGAAAACCGUUCUUCUCCCGCGUGGCUUCCUUUCGAAGAUACAUUAUCACGAACGGGUUGAUUGGCAAGAGGAAUCUUAACAGAGCUGAAACGAACGUCGCCGUUUUUGAAUUAAUGCGCCUCCUGAACUGACAAUGGAACGUCGGUACUUUGGAAAAUGCUGAUUUUCUUUUGAUUCGUCGCUGGAGUUGGAGGAGUUUUAUCUGAAGAGUUUUUUUUUUUUUUUUUUAACAUCAUUCUUUAACUGGAAAAAAAAAUUUAUUCUCUAAAAGCCAGCAGUUUCAAAAUAAUCAGAAUGUUCAAGUUGUCGAAGUUCCCAUAUAAAGCGAAGACUCACCACUAUCACAUGGAUUUUUCGCUAUAGGCUAUAGUUUCAUCGUAAAUUGUAAUCGAGAAAUUACAAUUACAAAUUUUCUUUCGCUCUCAUUAUAUCAUCGUUAGUCUCGGAUUCUAUUUGGUUCGAAAUGUACAAAGCUCUGCGGCAAUGUUAAACACAUGCAAUCUGGUUCCUAGAAUAUAAUUCUUUGCGAAACGUCCAUCUGGUUUAGGAAUAUGAUUUCGAACAGCCGACCAGUAUAAAUUUGUAGUGUUUUAUUGCUUUUAGGAAAAUUAGCAGUCGGAAUCUAGGCACGUUUCGUUAUCGGUGCAAGGUGGUUGAACCGACUGUGUAUUACUCGGUAUUAUGCGUUUCUGCUGUCACGAAAUGUUGCGGAUAAUUAUACAAAACGGUCGUGGAACUUGAACAAAAGUAGUUUCAAAGAUACACAUGUACGUCAUUGCAUUUUGUGAAUUCGUAUUUUUCGUAUUUUUCACUUUUAGCUUGUAAUUAAGUUAUAAACUUCUUUUUUUAACGAAUGUAACUUUGGUCUCGAAGAAAUGCACAAGAACGUUCAAAUCUUAAGUCAUGUUUUAUGCGAUUAAAAAGAGCAACGGGGGUUUCUCUUAUCCGGUUCAAUUGACGCUUUACAUCAAAGUAAUUUUCCCAGUAUUUUAAAAAUAGAUAAAGUUGUAAAGAAUGUUAAUAUUAAAUGAAAAUCAAAAGUUAAACUUUAAUGUUAGACUGACUAAACAAAGUGUAGUAGUCGAACACAAAAAACAUUUCUAAACAAAAGAACUGAUUCAUUUUUAACUUAUGAAAUUAUAAAUGAAAACAUGUUUUUUAAAUGGGCACGAUUGAAAUACAGCGUGUAAGGCGAUUAGCAAUCUGUCUCGUUGUAAUACAUGUUCAACUAUAUAUGUAUGUCAUCGGGUGGGAUUGCAUUUCUAACAGUUGGUGCUAAGUGCCAAGAGACACAAAAUUAGCCUAAGAAAGAGAGCUACUCGAAAAUAUCGGUCAAAAUGGAAGCUAGUAAAUUGAACUCCGUUUUACAAGUUCUGCAAAUAAUUCCGGAUAAUCGUAUAAGUAAUUUUAUUGUAAAGUAAAUUUUAAAUUAAUCGAGUAAAGAAUAGCAAAAAACAUGUCACUCUAUAUUUAAUCUUCAUCACGAAUGUCUUUUUACCAAGUCUUUUAAUUAAGCAACGCGCGUACAUGUUGAGCUUGCACGAAAGGAACGAUCAAAGAGAAGCAUUUAUGUCGGUCCGAAUAAUUUUAUUUUGAAUUUACAUCUUUUUUUUUUAUUCUAAACGUUAUUCGGACGUUUGUAUUAAUUUUUAUAAACAAUUGUACAUUGUUGCACGAUUCAGUUGAACAUAUAAUGUGUAUUCUUUGAUGGUGUAAUGUUUCGUAUGUGAGAACAUGUUCAUCAAGCCCAUAUUCAUUUUAAAUUAAACUGUAAUUUGUAACUAUUUUCCGAAGUAUUAGCCCGGCGAUAAGCUUUUGUUCAAUGCUUUAGGAAAUACGUUUGGUAGCAAUUUUUAUUUAAUCCAUAAAAUUCUUAUUUAUGAUCAAAACAUUAAAAUUAUUAUGGGUUUAAUAAACAAUAUUCGUCGUGUA